CUGUCGCUUGCCUUGUGUUGUAGGUGGAAGAGAUGGUGCAGAAUCACAUGACCUACUCGCUGCAGGAUGUCGGUGGAGACGCCAACUGGCAACUGGUUGUAGAAGAGGGAGAGAUGAAGGUUUACAGGAGAGAAGUGGAGGAAAAUGGGAUUGUGUUGGACCCUUUGAAGGCCACCCACUCUGUGAAGGGAGUCACAGGUCAUGAAGUCUGCCACUACUUUUGGGACACCAUGUACCGCAACGACUGGGAAACUACUAUUGAAAACUUCAAUGUGGUGGAGAGACUUUCAGACAACGCAGCAAUAAUCUACCAAACACACAAGCGUGUGUGGCCUGCAUCCCAGAGGGACGUGCUGUACCUUUCUGCCAUGAGGAAGAUUUUGGCCAACAACGAGAAUGACCCCGACACCUGGCUGGUGUGCAACUUCUCUGUGGAUCACGACGAGGCUCAGACGAGCAGCAGAUGUGUGCGUGCCAAAAUCAACAUCGCUAUGAUCUGUCAGACCCUGGUCAGUCCACCAGAGGGAGACAAAGAGAUCAGCAGGGACAACAUCCUGUGUAAAAUCACCUAUGUUGCCAAUGUGAAUCCGGGGGGCUGGGCUCCAGCCUCCGUACUCAGGGCCGUAGCUAAGAGGGAGUACCCCAAGUUCCUCAAGCGCUUCACUUCCUAUGUGCAAGAAAAAACCAGCGGCAAGCCCAUCUUAUUCUGAGACAUGCAGGAUCAAAAAAUGAGGUCAGAUCUACGGCAGAAGGACUGGAGGGACUCUAUUUCCAAACUCCAUCCCUCCAAGAAAAGACGUUAUUUUUCUUUUCUUUUUGUCCUGGUUUGUAGCUAAAACGUAGGGUGGGUGCAUGAUAGAUCAUAAGGCUCAAGAGAAGAGCACCACUAGUCUGGAAAAAAAAAAGAAUGUUUAUAAAUUGACUGGACAAGACGUGAUUACCAUUUUUUAAUAACAACACUGAGAAGACUCUCCACCCAUCAGAGUGAAGGGGAAACACUCUGCAGCUGCUUCCCCUGAUGUACCUAAAUGUUUGGAAACUCUGGAAAGAAGUUUAUAAAACAAACAAAACAAAGAAAAUCUUAGUUUUUAGACUGAAAUAAGUAACUAUUUUUGUGUGGAUAAUGUCAUGUUUUGAGUUGAUUAUUAUUAUUUUCCCCACAUCUCGGCUGUGUAAUCUCCAGAGGGCUUCCCGUUAGCGUGCGAGCCCGAUGAUAGAAGCUGUACGUUUCUCUAAUGAAACCACCCGACAUGCCGGUGUUUGAAGGAGGAACCAGGGAUUAUCACGACGCCUGCACAUUCACCAACUGUGAAUAACACCGUUCCAGUUUUGCUUUCUUCGCGACCACGCUUCGCUACGAAUGUAAAUAGUUGUCAUGGCUUCCGCCGACGGUUUGCAAAGCUUUGACUCGAGCCCAGAUGCCUUAGUGUCGCAGGAAGACGUAGAAGGUUGCUGAUAGAGGAAGUGCCUCUCGGGUGCGUUCGUUUUAUUCGACUCAAAUCUGGUCUUGCCGUGUUUUUGACUGAACAAAUGAACCCGGUGAGGAGUUACUCAUGUUGUCCACAGAACGAGCCAUAUUCCAAGCUCUAGAAUAAACGUGUCACAAUCAGUGUUAGUAUUUCUGGGAUUUGUUACAUGAAGGACUCCACUGGCACAAUUUGAACAGGUCAUUUAAAAAAAAUUAUUUGUACUGCAGCUUUUUCUUCUUGAUCAUGUGGAAGAAUGUUACGCUCUGUAACAUCAAGGCAAAUUAACAGAUUUCAAUUUUACUUAUUUUUAAUACUUUCUAUUCUUUCUCUGUACUGCAUUACCUUGUCUGUUCUGCUACUUUUUCCUACGUUUUCUUUCCCGGUUAUUCCUAAGCUUGUGAAUUCAGACAUUCUGUCUGAAAGACGCGAUGGAGGAGUUCGCUCGGCCUGCUGCUCGUUGGAAAAAUGCCAGGGUUAGGCCGUUUUAAUCUGAAAGCAAACAUUUUCCUGUAAAUUGAGUUUUCUGUGUUUUGGUCAAACUGAAUGUACUUUGACUUUUUGUAAAGUUGUUCAUACUAACGCUUUGGGAUCGGCCUGUAAAUGUACUGUACUGUGGCAUCUCUUCUGCCCUGUUUUGAAAGUGAAAUAAAUCCAUUUAUCCU